GUAUGAGCCAAAGAUAAGAUCGGAGUAAGCAGAGAGAAAUUAGCCGGCGAAGAAAAGAACCAAUUUUAACCGGUGAAAUUCAGAAAUCAGCAAAACUUCAAGAGGCAACAGUAGUAGUCAUGGAAACUGCCCAAACUGCACCAAAUCAUCAGAACCUCCCUCCACAGCAGCCACCGCCGCCGCCACCAGCGGCUCCUCCAACUGCUUCUCCUCCCUCAGAUAUUAGUACCGGAAAGAGGCCUCUUGAUGACGACAUUCUCGCCCGCUUGGUGGACUCCCCUUACUACAAAAUGCGGGUCAUUGUUAGAGACCUUCGUCCUCAUUUUAUUGAGGUUCUCAAAACUCCUGACUUCCAGAACUGCAAGGCAGCUGAAGAAAUUCGUGAAAAGAUGAAGAUUGUGGUAGAUCUUUACAGAGAGAUGAUCAGAGAUCCUCCAGCAAGCCAGACUCCAACAGCUGAUGUCCAACAUGGACAAGACCAUCAGCGUGAUGUGAAACUACCAGAGAGGCCUCCUAGUGACAGGGCAUCUACUAGGCAAGCUGAAAAUAAAACUGUUUCCUCUGGGGGCACCUCCCAAAAGCAGCAACCUGAAGCUGGCCGACCAGAAGGGACGUAUAUUGUUGGAGGUUCGGCAUUUGGUUGGAAUUUUGUUACAUAUCCUGGAACUAAAUCCGUCUAUUAUGGCCGGACCAAGGAAUCAUUUCGAUCUGCUAAAGUGUAGUCGCAAGUGGAAUGAUGUCUCUCCUGAGCUCCUUGCUCCUCGAUGCCCAGACCUCGGCCAGGCUAUCAAGAAACAGAUAUAGUCAUAUAGGUAAUUGUUUAAAUUCCAAAGUGGGAUGUCCCUCUUGAGCUCCUUGUCCCCUCACUUGAUCCCCAGACCUCUGCUGGAUUAUCCAAAAAAAAAGAUAUAGUCGUAAAGGUAAUUUUUUCUGAUAUCAUGUCCAAGGUGCUGAGAUCGUUCACGCCUUUACGGAUAUGCCUUGCAGCCUACCUCUGCGACAUAUUUUCCUCUCCUGUCUGAAUAGUGGUUGGUUUCUUUGAGUACGGAAAUAGAUUUCUCA